ACCAUCAUGUAUGUACAAGUUUAUCUUAACAUGAUAACAAGAGUUUAUUAGUUUAAAUGAUCAAAGUUCAUGGUAGAUGAACUGAAUGCUUCAAAAAUAAGUACUGCAAAUGUGUAAUUAAUGGAAAAAUUUAAUCAACAUAUCAACAAGUUAAUAACAAUUAUCAAUAACUAUUUCAUGUGAAUAAAAGGUACAUUAACCCACUUAGAAAACAGGAAGUUUUGAACACUUUCAACAGAAUGGCGACUUCUUUCAGUCCAGUUCAUAAAAGCUCUGAUUUGGUGAAGGACUACUGUUGUGGAGCCUGCAGAAGUAGAAGCAUCGAAGAAAUUGCAGAGAUGUACUGUGAAACAUGUCUGAAGUGUUUUUGUGGAAAAUGCAUUUUUCAUCAUAGUCAAUUAUAUGCUGACCAUAUCACUUAUGGUAGAGGAGACAUGAACAAGUGGCCGCUUACUAAGAAAAUGGAGGAUUUUCUUUACAAGUGUGAGAUCCACAAAGACAAAAAACUUAAAAUGUUUUGUAAGGACCAUAGUAAGCCAUGUUGCACUAAUUGUGCUUUCCUAAAUCACAGACUAUGCAAGGAAGUAACCCUUAUUUCUGAGUCACUCAAAACCAAUCCGUCAGACUUACAUGAAUUGUCUAACAAGAUUGAGACCAUUCUGAAAGAACUGAAGAAUCUUCACAAUACAAAACAGACCAGCUUUCAGUCUGUUGAGGGAUCAUACAGUGAAAGACUACAAGAAGUCAGAGAUGUGCGACAGAAACUAAAUUCUGCUCUGGACAACCUUGAAAAGGCUACACUGAAAGAACUGGAUGAUGUGAGGACAUCUCUACAAGCUGCUCUCAGGACUGAUGUAGAGAACUGCAAUAAACUGAUGGACGACCUAGAGCUCCUUAGAGAAGCUGUGAAGGAACUUGCAGAUAAGAGCAUUGGAGAAAUGGCCUUCAUAGCCACCAGGAAAUGUCUGGACAAGAUACAGGAGUCAGAAGCAUAUCUGAAAAACACUUCUUUGAAGUUUGACAGUUCAAUAGCAUUCCAAGCAAACACAGACAUUGAACAGUACUUGACCAAACAGUUUGGUAUUGGAAAGAUUUCACAUAAAUCAGUGCAGGGAGACGCCAAUCAUGCAUUUACAGUAACAAAGAAGUGCGAGUAUGAUCUGAAAAUACCAACUGAUGGUAAAAACAGUUCUAACACAGGCAUCUGUGUUAUCUCAAGUGAUAAUAUCCUUGUUGCUGACUGCAACAAUAAGCAAGUGAAGCUUCUGAACCAGCAGUACAAAGUGAUCAGCCACUGUGAUGUGCAUGUUUAUGAAGGAGGGAACAUGUGUCAGAUAAGUGCAAGUGAGGUGGCUGUUACUGUGAAUUAUGGGGUCCAAUUCAUCUCUGUGGCUAAUUUACAGCUUAUUAAAGGCAGGAAACUUCAGUUUCAGCAUACGUGUGCUGGAAUUGCCCAUCAUGAAGGCAACCUGUACGUCACCUCCGAUACUGCUCUGUACCAGUACACUAUGACUGGAGCACUUUUAAAAAAGAUAUAUGAGGAUACAACUGCUAUCUCAGUUUUUUACUCAGCAUGGAAUUGUGCAGUAAGUCCUACAGGUGACAGGAUCUAUGUCACUAUCUUCAACCAGCACAAGCUCAUCACACUUGCCAUGGACGGCAAAAUUCUCUCCACCUUCACUGACCCCGAACUACAACAGCCAUCAAGUGUCCAUGUUUCAGUUGUAGGUCAUGUCCUGGUUUGUGGAUACUCAUCCCACACCAUUAUACAGGUGGAUAGAGAGGGAAAAACAAAGCUAGCUACACUAGGGGCAAAGAAGGAUGGAGUGAUUAAUCCCGUAUCAGUCUGCUACAACAACGACACCCACACAGUCAUUGUGGGACAAUAUCAGAACAGCAAGUUAUAUGUGCUGGAAGUGCAAUAGCUAUGAUUAUGUGAACAGACAAUAGUUUCAAUGCAAAUGUUAAUACUUUGCCAGAUAUAUCCUUAAUAUAUCAUAACAGUGGUAGUAUUUGCAUCUUCACAUAAGCUUUCCAUUUAACUUCCAAUGCCAUUUUAUAGUUAUUAUAAUGUCUGGUGUUAACUGUCAAGUACUGUAAAACCAUUACAUUUUUCAUGUGGUACGAAUUUUCGUGGAUUUCGUUGGUCUGAUGAACCAUGAAUUCAAGUACCAACGAUUAUUUAUACAUUUUUAAUCCAAAAUCGGUCAUUUACGAUUGUCAUUACCGACAUUUUCUUUUGUUGUCGGUUAUCCGAGAUAUUUGUUUUGUGUAAUAAUUACUUCACUUAAGUAGUAUUUUGAAAGAGAGAUUGUUUGAUUGAGAUAUGAUAGUUAAUACAAUAUGUUGUUUUCUUGAUACGUGUUUGGGUAAUAAUACUUUUUUAAUCAAGCACGGUAUCUAAACUGUACGUAAACACGUUACAAGCGACCUAGUAUGUUUAAAUUUAUUAAAUCCUAAAUAGUAAGAAGAAAACGACACUUAGAAAGUAAGCAAUCUAUUGAAGAACGUGUUUCAAAAAAAGAGAAAACAAUUUGUUUAUUAUCACAUGAUUUGUUAAGAAGUACUAUAGCUUAUACUAACAAUUGAGUAUACUAUGCUCGUUACAUGUUGUUAUUAACCAUGUAUGUAACAUGUAACUUUGUUGUUGUUGUUGUUGUAUUCCAUGUCACAUUAUAAUAUGUAAUUAGAGCACUCUCACUCUCCAGUGAUAAGUGAAUUAUUAAUUGAUGUAUGUAAUUUGAACAUUAUUAUUAUUUAUAUCCAGCACGCAUGUCUGUAAAAUUUUCAUGUAUUUGUAUAUGACGAUAAGUUUGUUAUGCUUAAGUCAAAAUAAAUAUUCUGUUCUGUUC